CUUUAUCCCUUCUAGUAUUCUAACUUUAUGGUCCAGAGCCACCUUGAAAAUGUCCGUCUGUGUUGCUGCUUGUUCGGGACGGGGGAUUUCGCCUGGAAAUAAUACACAUUUCCACUUGAAGAAGACAAGCCACAUAUUCUAACAACCUAGAGGUCCAAAUAUCCUCAGGAGGAGUGUUGGGAGUUGGUUAUAUUGAAGCUGGCGUUUACAACCACUGUUCUUCCGUUGUGAUGUCGGGUCCCGGCUCUCAGAGAAACGUGUCCAGCAUUAAAAUCCGCCUGACAGUCUUAUGUGCCAAGAACCUCACAAAGAAAGACUUCUUCCGGUUGCCGGACCCAUUUGCGAAGGUAGUGGUGGACGGAUCAGGCCAGUGUCAUUCUACAGACACAGUGAAGAGCACUCUAGACCCCAAAUGGAACCAACACUAUGACCUGUACAUAGGGAAGACAGACUCCAUCACCAUCAGUGUGUGGAACCAGAAGAAGAUCCACAAGGGGAAGCAGGGCGCCGGGUUCCUGGGCUGCAUACGACUGUUGGCCUACACCAUCAGCAGACUGAAGGACACGGGCUACCAGCGGUUGGAUCUGUGUAAGCUGAAUCCAUCAGAUAGUGAUGCAGUACGAGGACAGAUCGUAGUGAGCCUCCAGACCAGAGAUGGUUUGGGCAGCGGAGGACCUGUGGUCGACUGUAGAGCACUGUUAGAGAACGAGGGGCCUGUGUUUGAGAGCUGUUUCAGUGAGGAGCCACUGCCGUACUCAGACCCCACGGGAGCCGCCGGGGGCGGGACCUGUCCACCGGAUUCACCCAACCAGGAGAACCGGCUCCAGGCUCAGCGAAUCAGAGACCAGGAUUCCCAAAGACACACCCACAACCCUCAGAACCGACCGCAUGGCAACCAAUCACCAGAUCUGCCUGAAGGAUAUGAGCAGCGCACUACAGUCCAAGGACAGGUUUAUUUUCUCCACACACAGACGGGAGUCAGUACCUGGCACGACCCGCGAAUACCCAGGGACCUGACCAGUGUGAGCUGUGAGGAGUUGGGUCCUCUGCCGGCCGGAUGGGAGGUGAGGAGUACGGUAUCUGGAAGGAUCUACUUUGUGGAUCACAACAACCGAACAACGCAGUUCACUGACCCUCGGCUUCACACCAUCAUCAGCCAACAUUCCCAGGUGAAGGAAGCGUCUCAGCCGCUGGGUGGGGGAGGAGGGAGAGAGAUGGAGGUGGGGGAGGAGGAGGACGGAGGAGGAGGAGGAGGAGGAGAAGAGGAAGUGACUCUGCGCUACGAGAGAGACCUGGUCCACAAACUGAAGCUGCUCAGACACGAGCUGUCGCUGCAGCAACCACAGGCUGGACACUGUCGCAUAGAGGUCUCACGAGACGAGAUCUUUGAGGAGUCAUAUCGCCAGAUCAUGAAGAUGAGGCCCAAGGAUCUGAAGAAGCGACUGAUGGUGAAGUUUAGAGGAGAGGAAGGACUGGACUACGGAGGAGUGGCAAGGGAGUGGCUGUACCUGCUGUGCCAUGAGAUGUUGAACCCGUACUACGGCCUGUUCCAGUACUCAACAGACAACAUUUACACACUACAGAUCAACCCUGACUCCUCUAUCAACCCUGACCACCUGUCGUAUUUCCACUUUGUGGGUCGUGUGAUGGGCCUGGCGGUGUUCCAUAGCCACUACAUCAACGGCGGCUUCACCCUGCCCUUCUACAAGCAGCUGCUGGGGAAGCCUAUAACGCUGCAAGACCUGGAGACCACUGAUCCGGAACUACACAAGAGUCUGGUCUGGAUACUGGAGAACGACAUCUCGUCGGUUCUAGAUCAUACGUUCUGCGUGGAACACAGUGCCUUCGGGAAGUUCCUUCAGCACGAGCUGAAACCCGACGGCCAGAACGUCCCGGUAACCGAGGACAACAAGAAGGAGUACGUGAAGCUCUACGUGAACUGGAGGUUCAUGAGGGGCAUCGAGGCUCAGUUCUUAGCUCUGCAGAAAGGAUUCAGUCAGCUGAUUCCUCAGCACCUCCUCAAACCGUUUGACCACAAGGAGCUGGAGCUGAUAAUCGGGGGCCUGGGGAAGAUCGAUCUAGCAGAUUGGAAGUCUAACACCCGUUUGAAGCACUGUGCUGUGGACAGUAAUGUGGUUUGCUGGUUCUGGGAGGCUGUGGAGAGCUUCACUGAGGAGAGGAGAGGACGACUACUGCAGUUUGUUACUGGUUCUACCAGAGUUCCACUACAGGGAUUCAAGGCACUACAGGGUUCUACAGGUUCAGCAGGCCCAAGGCUGUUUACCAUCCAUCUGAUAGAGGCCAACACAGACAACCUGCCCAAGGCACACACAUGUUUUAACAGAAUAGACAUCCCUCCUUACGAGUCGUACGAGAAACUUUAUGAGAAACUGCUGACGGCCGUGGAGGAAACAUGCGGCUUCGCUGUGGAGUGAUACACACACACACACACACACACACACACACACACACACACACACACACAC